GAGGAAAAAAGAAAAAGAGGAAGCACAAAUGUCAGUGAGGUGAGCCCAGGUCCGAGCCACCUCUCUCUCUCUCUUUCUCUUUUCAUCGUUUUCUUUCCCCAGGAAAAAAAAAGUAUCCUUUCUUCUUCUUGAUGCGAGCGUAGGUUUUCACCUUCCUUCUAGAUCGGAAUCUCUCAAGGGUUUCUUCUGAUUAACUGAAAAAGUGUGAACCUUUGAGGUCGUCGAACGAAAUGGGAACAUGGAGGAGGCAGCUAAAGGCUAUGCUCCGCAAGAAUUGGCUUCUCAAAACUCGUCAUCCCUUCGUUACUUCUGCUGAGAUUUUGCUUCCGACUGUUGUAAUGUUGCUGUUGAUUGCCGUGAGGACACGCGUUGACACCACAAUUCACCCCGCUCGCUCGAAUAUAGAGAAAGACACGGUGGUCCAAGUCGGCGAAGGUAUCUCUCCCAGUUUUCCUCAAGUUUUGGAGCUUUUGCUUGCUGAUGGGGAGUUCUUAGCUUUUGCACCUGACACCGAUGAAACAAAUAACAUGAUCGACAUUCUCUCUCUAAAGUUUCCUGAUCUGCGGCUGGUUACUAGAAUUUUUAAAGAUGACAUUGAGCUGGAAACCUAUAUAACCUCUGCGCAUUAUGCUGUCUGCAGCGAUGUUAGGAAUUGUUCGAAUCCAAAACUAAAAGGAGCAGUGGUUUUCCAUGAACAAGGACCUCAUGUAUAUGAUUAUAGCAUCCGCUUGAACCACACAUGGGCAUUGGCAGGAUUCCCUAAUGUUAAGUCGAUCAUGGACACAAAUGGACCUUAUAUCAAUGAUCUGGAAAUGGGGAUUAAUACCAUACCAACAAUGCAAUACAGCUUCAGCGGAUUCUUGACUCUUCAGCAGGUGGUAGACUCUUUCAUUAUAUUUGCCUCUCAGCAAAACAUAGACUUGCCAUCAUCACAUGCAUCUCUUGGUUCAGCGUUAUCCCUUGAGAUGCCAUGGACUAUGUUUAGCCCGUCAAAGAUAAGAAUGGUUCCAUUUCCAACCCGCGAAUACACUGAUGAUGAGUUCCAAUCUAUUGUCAAAAGCGUAAUGGGCUUGUUGUACCUUCUGGGAUUUCUGUUUCCAAUCUCCCGGCUUAUCAGCUACUCUGUCUUUGAGAAGGAGCAGAAAAUAAGAGAAGGACUUUACAUGAUGGGCUUGAAAGAUGAGAUUUUCCAUUUGUCGUGGUUUAUCACAUAUGCAUUGCAGUUCGCAUUGUGCGCUGGGAUUAUUACAACUUGUACGAUGGGAAGUAUCUUUAAGUAUAGUGAUAAGACAUUAGUCUUCACAUACUUCUUUCUGUUUGGGGUCAGCGCAAUAAUGCUCUCAUUUCUAAUAUCAACAUUUUUCACUCGAGCUAAGACAGCUGUCGCAGUUGGGACCUUGGCCUUUCUCGGAGCAUUCUUCCCUUAUUACACUGUUAACGAUGAAUCUGUGUCCAUGGUAUUGAAAGUUGUUGCUUCUUUGCUUUCACCUACUGCAUUUGCUCUUGGGUCAAUCAACUUUGCUGAUUACGAGCGUGCACACGUUGGACUUCGUUGGAGCAACAUAUGGCUGGCAUCGUCUGGAGUAAGUUUUUUUGUCUGCCUCUUGAUGAUGCUGCUCGACUCUAUUCUGUACUGCGCUAUUGGCCUUUAUCUGGACAAGGUCCUUCCCAGGGAAAAUGGUGUACGGUACCCAUGGAACUUUAUCUUCAACAAGUGCUUUGGGAGGAAGAAAAACAACCAAUAUUGCAUUCCAGGUCUCAACUCUAAUAUAGAGGGUACUCAGGGAGAGCCUUUUGAUCCUGUUAUCGAAUCAAUAAGCCUGGAAAUGAGGCAACAAGAGCUUGAUGGGAGGUGCAUACAAAUUAAAAAUCUGCAUAAGGUCUUUGCUUCAGGAAGGGGGAAUUGCUGUGCAGUUAAUUCAUUGCGACUAACAUUGUACGAGAACCAGAUACUUUCACUUCUGGGCCAUAAUGGGGCUGGUAAAAGCACAACAAUAUCAAUGCUUGUCGGCCUUCUUCCUCCAACUUCUGGAGAUGCCCUGAUACUUGGAAACAGUAUCGUCACAAAUAUGGAUGAGAUACGAAAAGAACUAGGUGUUUGCCCUCAGCAUGACAUCCUCUUUCCGGAACUGACAGUUAGAGAACACUUGGAGAUGUUUGCGGUUCUUAAAGGUGUUAAGGAAGAUUCCUUGAAGAGCACAGUUACUGAUAUGGCAGAGGAAGUGGGGUUGUCUGAUAAAAUUAGUACACUAGUGCGGGCACUUUCCGGAGGCAUGAAAAGGAAAUUAUCACUUGGAAUCGCAUUGAUAGGAAACAGUAAGGUGAUUAUUCUCGAUGAACCAACCAGUGGAAUGGAUCCCUACUCAAUGCGUCUUACAUGGCAGUUGAUUAAGAAAAUUAAAAAGGGCAGAAUAAUAUUGCUAACAACCCAUUCCAUGGAUGAAGCUGAAGAACUUGGAGAUCGGAUAGGGAUCAUGGCUAACGGGUCUCUUAAGUGUUGUGGCAGCUCGAUGUUCCUGAAGCAUCACUACGGGGUUGGGUACACUCUGACGCUAGUAAAGACUUCUCCAGCUGUCUCUGUUGCCGCACAUAUAGUUCAUCGUCACAUUCCAUCAGCAACCUGUGUGAGUGAGGUGGGAAACGAAAUCUCUUUCAAGCUUCCUUUGGCAUCCUUGCCUUGCUUUGAAAAUAUGUUCAGAGAAAUUGAGAGUUGCAUGAAGAGUUCUGUUGACAGAUCUAGGAUUAGUGAGAUUGAGGAUUCAGAUUAUCCUGGUAUUCAGAGUUAUGGUAUAUCUGUGACAACACUUGAAGAGGUGUUUCUGAGAGUUGCUGGCUGUAACUUAGAUAUCGAGGACAAGCAAGAUACAUUUGCUUCUCCUGAUACCGAGGCUUCUUUGGUGUGCAUUGAGUCUGUUCAGAAGAGCACUAUCCAACCCAAAUUACUAGCAAGUUGUAAUGAGGGCGCUGGAGUUAUUAUUACCUCAAUUGCAAAAGCUUGCAGAUUAAUCGUUGCUGCAGUUUGGGCUUUCAUUGGAUUCAUUAGCAUGCAAUGUUGUGGUUGUUCCGUUAUCUCAAGGUCAAUGUUUUGGCGGCAUUGCAAAGCGUUGUUCAUAAAAAGAGCAAGAUCUGCUUUCCGAGAUCGCAAAACAGUGGCGUUCCAGCUCAUCAUCCCAGCAGUAUUCUUACUUUUUGGCCUUCUUUUACUACAGCUCAAGCCACAUCCUGAUCAGAAAUCCAUUACGCUGACAACUGCCUAUUUUAAUCCUCUCCUGAGUGGCAAUGGAGGUGGUGGUCCGAUUCCUUUUGAUCUAUCUGAGCCAAUUGCCAAAGAGGUUGCAGAAUAUAUUGAAGGAGGCUGGAUUCAGCCCUUGAGGAAUAGUUCAUAUAAGUUUCCUAAUCCAAAAGAGGCAUUGGCUGAUGCAAUUGAUGCAGCAGGUCCCACGUUGGGCCCCACUCUACUUUCCAUGAGCGAAUUUCUGAUGUCUAGUUUUGAUCAGUCAUACGAGUCAAGGUAUGGGGCAGUUUUAAUGGAUAGUCAGCAUCCAGAUGGGAGUGUAGGAUAUACCGUGUUACACAACAGUACUUGCCAGCAUGCUGGUCCUAUCUACAUCAAUGUUAUGCAUUCUGCCCUUCUCCGACUUGCUAGUGGUAACAAGAAUAUGACAAUUCAAACUCGAAACCAUCCUUUGCCUCCAACAAAAAGUCAGCGCUUACAGCGUCAUGAUUUGGAUGCCUUUUCAGCUGCAAUUAUUGUAAGCAUUGCAUUUUCAUUCAUCCCGGCCUCCUUUGCAGUUCCCAUUGUUAAGGAGCGAGAGGUGAAAGCGAAGCACCAACAGCUUAUUAGUGGGGUUUCUGUUCUUUCAUACUGGUUAUCAACGUACGUAUGGGAUUUCGUCAGUUUCUUAUUUCCGUCAACAUUUGCAAUAAUCCUCUUCUACGCUUUUGGUCUGGAGCAGUUUAUCGGAAUAGGUCGGUUUCUACCGACUGUCCUGAUGCUCCUGGAGUAUGGCUUGGCAAUUGCAUCAUCAACUUAUUGUCUUACAUUUUUCUUCACCGAGCAUAGCAUGGCUCAGAAUGUUAUUCUUAUGGUUCACUUCUUCUCUGGUCUUAUCUUAAUGGUUAUCUCAUUUGUCAUGGGCCUUAUUCCAGCUACAGUUAAUGCAAACUCAUAUCUAAAGACCUUCUUUAGACUAUCACCAGGAUUUUGCUUCUCUGAUGGAUUGGCUUCUUUAGCUCUUCUAAGGCAGGGGAUGAAAGACAAAUCCAGUCAUGGGGUGUUUGAUUGGAAUGUCACUGGAGCAUCUAUCUCAUACCUAGCUUUGGAGAGUAUAUUCUACUUCCUUUUGACGCUUGGGCUUGAGCUCUUGCCUGUUCAAAAGAUGAUGUCUUUCUCAAUUGGGGAGUGGUGGCAGAAUUUUAAAGUUUUCAAGCAAGGUGCUGGUUCUAGUUCUACAGAGCCGCUUCUCAAGGAUUCGAGUGGAGCCAUUUCCGCUGAUAUGGAGGAUGACAUAGACGUGCAAGAGGAAAGAAACAGGGUGAUUUCAGGGUUGACAGACAACACCAUAUUCUACUUACAGAACCUGAGAAAGGUCUAUCCUGGUUCCAAUCAUCACGGCCCAAAAGUAGCUGUACAGUCUUUGACUUUCUCGGUCCAAGCAGGAGAAUGUUUUGGCUUUUUAGGGACGAAUGGAGCUGGGAAGACUACUACCUUGUCUAUGCUAUCUGGAGAAGAAACACCAACCAGUGGAACUGCCUUUGUCUUUGGCAAAGACAUAGUAGCGAGUCCCAAAGCUAUCCGUCAGCAUAUUGGCUACUGCCCCCAGUUUGAUGCUUUAUUCGAGUAUUUGACUGUGAAGGAGCACCUUGAACUUUAUGCAAGGAUCAAAGGAGUGGUUGACUAUAUAAUUGAUAAUGUGGUUAUGGAAAAGCUAGUCGAGUUUGACUUGUUGAAGCAUUCUCACAAGCCAUCAUUCACUCUUAGCGGCGGAAACAAGCGCAAACUAUCCGUUGCUAUUGCGAUGAUUGGAGAUCCUCCCAUUGUCAUCCUUGAUGAACCAUCUACAGGUAUGGAUCCUGUUGCCAAAAGAUUCAUGUGGGAUGUGAUAUCUCGCCUGUCGACAAGGAGUGGAAAGACGGCGGUUAUUCUUACUACUCACAGCAUGAAUGAAGCUCAAGCGCUUUGCACAAGGAUCGGGAUCAUGGUUGGAGGCCGCCUGAGAUGCAUAGGUAGUCCACAACACUUAAAGACGCGCUUCGGAAACCACCUUGAGUUAGAGGUCAAACCAAACGAAGUGAGCCAUGUGGACUUGGAGAACCUUUGCCAGAUGAUUCAGCAGUGGCUGUUUAACGUUCCUUCUCAGCCUAGAAGUUUGCUUGGUGACCUCGAAGUAUGUAUCGGAGUCUCUGACUCUAUUACUCCUGAUACGGCUUCAGCAUCAGAAAUCAGUUUGUCACCAGAAAUGAUACAAAGCAUUGCCAAGUAUCUGGGUAAUGAGCAGAGAGUGAGUACUCUUGUACCUCCCAUGCCUGAGGAAGAUGUUGGAUUCGAUGAACAGUUAUCAGAACAGCUCUUUCGAGAUGGUGGUAUUCCGUUGCCAAUAUUUGCCGAGUGGUGGCUUACCAAAGAAAAGUUUUCAGCAUUAGAUUCUUUCAUACAAUCUUCGUUUCCAGGUGCAACGUUUAAGAGCUGCAAUGGAUUGAUCAUUAAAUACCAGUUGCCAUUUGGAGAAGGAGGAUUGUCACUUGCAGAUGCCUUUGGACACCUUGAAAGAAACAGGAAUCGGUUGGGAAUAGCUGAAUACAGCAUAAGUCAGUCCACACUUGAGACCAUAUUCAACCAUUUUGCAGCUAACUCAUAACCAGUAAAACCAUUAUUGCGGCUUUUGUAUAACCCAAAACACUUCAUGAGCACAGCCUAAAGAGAGAUCUGAUCACUCACCCAAAAAAUAGUUGUAAAUAUGGCACAUAUAUAAAAAACAUGAGUUCAUAUAUAUACACAAUGUUGUAAUGUACCAUGUUUCGAACACUAUCAAUACUAUGUUUUGAUCUUUGA